AGUGACAUACGCAGCUGAGCGCCGAUCACACUCAACGACUUUGUAUAAUAGUAUAUAUCUCGUUCAUCCCACUGGGGAGUCGGUUCCAUGUGUCGACUAGCUCCGCUGUGCCUGAUGUUCAGAUUUUUCAACUUGCUUCCCUAUGAGGGAAAACUGGUUUUGGAGGUGGGUCGACUACGUUAGCUGAGAUAAUAAACCCCAGUGGGAACAGCCCUUGUCAUGCGAGUUUUGGAGAAUAUUGGAAACGAGCUGACUUUGUCGUCUUAGAAUGUUUUUAUAUGACUUGUAUUAAAUAGUUUUAAUGUCAAUACAAAACCUGCAUAGGUUCUUGAGUGCAUGAUACUCUAGCAAUUAUAAAUUGUGAAUUGAAGGCAAACUGAAAGACAAUGGUUUAUUCAUUUAUAAUAGCAGAUUACGAUUGUCAAGUUUUGUACUCAUUUGUAUUUGAUUUUGCAGAGAGACGAUGUGUGAAAGAAGACAUCUCUGUAAGAAUUGUGCAGCAGAUAAAGAAGGAAUUUGAUUUCAAUUCAUCUGUGACAAGUAACAUUGUAGAUGGUUCUGAAAAUCUCUCACUUGAUUUAGAAACUAAAGGUAUCCUUAAUGUUAAAGUAAUGGAAGUCCAAAAACCUACUGUAUGGCAUUCAUAUUCUGGUUGCUUGUAUAUUCUUGUUUGCGACAGCUCUGAUAAUCGAAUUUUGGCAGCCAGAACUCUUGUCAUAUUAAUACGAACCUUCAGAGAUCUUUUACCUAGAAUAUCAAAUGGUAUAUCCGAAUUUGUUUCUAAAGCAAAUAUAGUAUCGCUUAUUGUUAAUACAUUCAUUCCUAGUGGACAGCUGUUAUUUUUGCAUAAUCAAGCUAUUCAACAAGUGACUAAAGACUUGCAGAAAGCUGUAAGAUAACAAUUUACAAAACAGUUUUCAUAUAGUAGGAUUAAUAUUAAAAAUGUCUUUUUAAGUUAAAAAUAAUUAUAUAUGGUACCAACUACAUGUAUUGUCUCUUCCUCUGAUUCUGUGUUUAAUAUUUUAUAAUUCCUUCAGAUUUGCAUUAUCCCUGUAGACUGUCGAAGAGAAUGUGUGCUCAAAACAAUUUUUCUCCUUCGUAUUUCUGAAGAAUCAAAUUUUUGUUGAGACCUUGGUGUAUUCAUAAUUGCAGUAUCUACUACUAGAAUUAUAAGAUCCUGCAAUGGGUUGUUUCACAGAGUCAUAUUUUUCUGGGACAGUGUUUUAUAUGGAUGAUGAUAUGUAAUAAAUUAUUUGUAUUACAAACAUGUAAUAAAAAUUUAUAUGAAUCUAAUAAAAUAAUUUUACAUAUUU